GGGAGGGAGGAGGAACCGAAAGAGGAAAAAAAAAGUUCAACUAAAAAUGGCUUCCUUGUCUUUGGAGUCUCCAGAACAAACGGAGAAUGGAAGCGCCGACGAGUCCGGGCAAUCAGAAGCCCGAGUCAAAGAGGAGAAGGACUCGGAGGAAGUUUCUGAGCGGCUGUUUGAGACCUUCCCAAAGUCCGCGCUCGGCUUUUCCAGUGAGCAGGUCGCCUGCGUGUGCGAGGCUCUCCUGCAGGCGGGCAACGUGGAUCGCUUGUGGAGCUUCCUGGCCACCAUCCCUCCUUCGGCCGACGUGCUACGUGGCAACGAGACCCUGCUUAAGGCCCAGGCCCUGGUCGCCUUCCACCGCGAGGACUUUACAGAGUUGUACGCCAUCUUAGAGAGCCGCGACUUCCACCCGAGCAACCACGGGUUCCUGCAGGACCUCUACCUGAGAGCGCGCUACAAGGAGGCGGAGAGGUCGCGGGGUCGCAGUCUGGGCGCCGUGGAUAAGUACCGGCUGCGCAAAAAGUUUCCCCUUCCAAAGACCAUCUGGGACGGAGAGGAGACGGUAUAUUGUUUCAAGGAAAAGUCGCGUAACGCCCUCAAGGAGUGUUACAAAGUGAACCGGUACCCAACUCCGGACGAGAAGAAAAAUCUGGCCAAACUUACUGGACUUUCUUUGACCCAAGUGAGCAACUGGUUCAAGAAUCGGCGACAGAGAGACCGAACUCCAUCCGGUACCAACAGCAAAAGUGAAUCUGAUGGAAACCAUAGCACAGAGGAUGAGGCUAGUAAGGCUGAUCUGGAGGACAUUGCUGACAAACCUGCUGCUCAAGAGGCUGGAGGCUCAACUGCGUCUCUCAUAUCCCUCUCUGGUGCCCCCUGUAGUACUGGAGGUCAGCUCAUUCUCAAUAACACAGGGGGAUUCCUUACUAGUCCUCAUCCCCUGUUGCUCAAUGGGAGCCCAUUGCUAUCAGGGACUGGAACUGGUGUCAUCAUUAAUGGACUGACUCUGAGUGAUGGUCAUGCAGUCACCCUCAGUCCCGUAACUACCAACACUCCACUUUUACUCAAUGGGGCUCAGGUUAUAUCUAAGGGUAGUGGAAACAAUAGCGUCCCAGAUGAAAACUGCAUUACCAAAAUAGAAACGCAAGCCAACCUCACUAGCGCAGUUCCUGUCUCAUUGACCGAGGAAACGAAUGCGACCAACCAUAAUGUCUCUCCGUUGGACUUCAUUACUGUUCCAGGGGCUAUGAAGGCUCAAGAUAGCAGUCAAAUGGUGCCUCUCAGCUCCAUAUCCACAUCCACAAUCUCUUCCACAGUGAUGACUCGCACCUCCCUGCCUUCAUUAGCGUUGACUCAAAAUGGCAUCCUUUCCUCUGCAGUUCCCCCAUCUGGUGCGGUUAUUUCCAACCCAGCGAUGCCUCUACAAUCCACCCAGCAGCCUGAGCUUGUGGUGGUAGCAACAGCUGGUUCCCAAAUAAACCCUACAUCUUCGAUUUCACAAAUGGCAUCUUCUUCCACUGUCUGUAGCUCUCAGGUUUUUUCUUUGCCCCAGGUGGUACCAUCCAUCCAGGGUAUUCCAGUAUCUCAAUUAGUGCAGCACCCAGCAGGGACUCCGGUGUCUUGCCCUCAGUUGGUUCCAGUGUCCCCCAUUACUACUCAACUAUCCCAGAGUUCCACCCCUCAGUUUUCAACCCCCAAUCUGCAAAUUGGGCCCAGGUCUACUCAAGCUCAACCUCAGAAUGGAUCCUCUGCACUUGGGGAGAACACUGUUGUGCCUGUCCCCCGGGUGCCUAAUGGACAGGCUCCACAAGGGCUGACACUUCAGUUAAUAGACCAGUCCACGUCAGCCAUCACCCCACACAUACAGACCCCGCUGGGUACACAAGGCAUUCCCAUCUCCUCACCAACACAAGUAGUUCCUGUUUCACAGUCCAAGGACACAGGGCAACCCCAGCUGGUACCUUUGCCCCAGUUCAUGCCUGUAUCCCCCAUUGCUGGAGCACCUACAGGGACCAUAUCCUUCCCUCAGGUGGUCCCAGCUGCACCCUCCUUCUCCAUCCCAACUCCAGGAGGUGCUUUCCAAAUCUUAACAUCUGGCUCUGGAGGAGGAGUUGCUGUGCCUCAGGGGGCUAUACGUAUAAGCCCAAUAGGACCUCCUCAGAGUGUGCCUACAGCUGGUGCUAUUCCAGGUGUCCAGCUUCUCAAUUCAGGAGUGAUUCAACUUCCCUCUGCUUCUCCAGGUAACUUCCUCUUGGCAGGUGGCAGUCCAUUCCUGAGUGUUCAGAAUGGCAAACUCAUUCUCACCAUCCCAGCAGGUUUCCAGUUUACCAGCAUGCCUGUCAAGUCCAUCCCAGAAAAUCCAGGCCCAAGUGCUAGCAGCAGCAGUGGACUGGAACAUACCUUAACAGGAACGUCACUACAAACUCAGCCAGUCUCCUUAUCCUCUGCCCAGACCUCUACACCCUUUCAGUCAUCUCCUUUAAUUGGCUCAUCUGCACUUUACUGUAGUCCUGAGCCUGGAGCCCUGGCCAAUCCAACGCCAGGAGCCUCUCCAAACACCUCAGACCCUCCGACCCCAACCCCGACUAGUGUGCUGCCAUCCCAACAGACCCUCAGCCCGGAGAGCAUGCUGUCAUUCAGUCCCCUCAGCAGUGGUGUAGCCAGUGGUCCCCAUCUCAUUCAACCUGCUUGGAGUCCCGUGCCCCUGUCAUCUUCAUCUGGACUCACACUGUUUGAUGUACGUGGGAAAGGGGAUCUACCUGAGGACGCAGGGUUAUUGGGCUUACCAGGUGGGGAGUCCCUGCUAUUGGGUACCCCUCCUUCAGUUGAUGAUGUACAUAGGGAAUCUCAUCUGGACGAGGUGGAGAUGGAUGGAGACACAAAGAUUCUUACCCAACUGCAGUCUGUCCCUGUGGAUGAUGAUUUGGGUUUGUAAUCGUUCGUCUUUUGAGUUGCCUUUCAAAAGCCCUCAGACAAUCUUGACUCUUGGUCCACAGCACUCUAUAUUUUGUAUGUUGAUGUAUGACAUUGGAGAUAGGAAUCAUAGUAGACUCUUGGUAAAUGAUACAUGAUUUGUUCAUUUAUAGAUUUGUUUCAAAAAAGAAUGG